AAUUGUUGCUUCCAAAAGCUUUCAGAGGGCUCUGAAGUCAAAAGAACUCCUUCCUUUCAUCAGAUGUUUAAGCCUUUUCCCCCCUAUUAUUCAUUUUUCUAAAGCUAGGAGGGCCUGGUGCCACACAGAUGCAUAUUGAUUGAAAAAGAAAUUUCACCAUGCUUUGUUACAAAUGGCUCUCGCUUGCACUGACCCUGGCUCAAUUCGGGCCCUGUCUUCCCAGCAUGCACAACUGUAACACUGAGAACUUGGAACGAUCUUUUGUGAGACCUCAGAGAGUGAAACUUGGCGCAGUUCGGAGCCUGCUGGUUGUACGGGAGGAACUGAUGUUAACACUUCCUUUGAAAUCAGGCCAGCUGAAGUCUGACAUAGACAAUCAAGAUAAUUCUCUGGCUGAUACUGGACCACAGUUCUUGGAUGGGCCAUAUGAAGCCACUGUUCCUGAAAUGUCUGCAGAAGGUACUUCAGUGAUUCAAGUUACAGCUACAGAUCCAACAGGUGCCCGUCUGCUUUAUAGCAUUCCUCCUGAACAACCCUAUUUUUCUGUGGAACCAACAACAGGAGUGGUAAGAACAUUUUACCCAAUGGACAGAGAAACACAAGCACAGUCCUUUGUUGUUGUUCAUGCUAGAGUUGGCCAAACAGGUGGACGUUCAGCUACAACAACUGUAACUAUCAACCUCUCUGACGUUAAUGACAAUCCUCCCCGAUUUCAGCAGAAACGCUAUGAAAUGUAUGUAUCUGAGGCAGCACCUGUGGGCACCAUCCUAGGCAAAAUCAUGGCAGAUGACAGUGACAUAGGAGAGAAUGCAGCCAUGGACUAUGUAAUAGAAGGAGACACCCCUCUUGUUGUCCGCAUCGUUACUAACAAUGAGACUCAAGAAGGAACUGUCAUAUUAAACAAGAGAGUGGAUUAUGAGAAUCAAAGGAUCUAUAUUAUUAAAGUGAAAGGUAUCAACAGACACAUAGAUAAACGCUUCCUGAAAUAUGGGCCAUUUGAAGACACAACUGUUCUUAGGAUCAGAGUGGAGGAUGUUGAUGAACCUCCCAUUUUCAUAUCAGAAGAAUUUGUGAUGGAGAUUGAUGAAGGGGAUAUGAACGCUUCUUUUGUAGGGAUCGUGAGUGCCAGAGAUCCAGAUAAUGCCAACAGUCCAAUCAGGUAUUCUAUUGUCCACAGCAAGUAUUCAAAGAGAUUGUUCAGCAUCAAUGCACACAAUGGAACAAUCAGUAUAACUAAACCUCUGGACCGAGAGGUAGCGGCUUGGCACAACAUAACCGUUGCAGCCACAGAAUCAAGAAACCCGAAACAACUAUCGAAAGUAAACGUUUAUAUCCAUGUUCUUGAUGUUAAUGAAUAUGCACCAGAAUUUUCAAAUUACUAUGAGACAUAUGUGUGUGAGAGUGCAAGAUCUGGACAGCUCAUCCAGACAAUCAGUGCAGUGGAUAAAGAUGAAUCCAUGGAAGACCAUCAUUUCUUCUUCUAUUUGAGCGAGGAGGUCACAAACAGCUCAGGUUUUGCGGUUGAAGAUAAUCAAAAUAACACAGCUAGUAUUAUAGCCACAAGAAAUGGAUUCCAUCAUCGAGAGCAGUUUCUUUUUGCCUUGCCAAUCCUAAUUGCUGACAAUGGAAGCCCACCCCUCACCAGCACAAGCACCUUGACAGUCAUUGUGUGUGAUUGUGAUCAACAGCCUAAUAUCCAGUCAUGCAGAUAUGGAGCAAUCCUGUUUUCAAUGGGCAUCAGUGUACAAGCUUUAGUUGCUGUCGUAGCUUGCCUACUAAUUAUAUUAGUGUUUAUUCUAGCAGUUGUGGCCUUGAGACAGCAGACAAAGCAAUCUCUAUUUCACGAGAAAGGAGAAGCAUUCAGAGAAAACAUUGUUAAGUAUGAUGAUGAAGGAGGCGGGGAGCAAGACACGGAAGCUUUUGAUAUUUCAGCACUGAGGAACCAAACUGUCCUGAGAGAGCACAAACCUCGAAGAAAUAUCACAACACAGAUCCAUAGCCUUUACAGACAAUCUCUGCAGGUUGGCCCUGAGAGUGCUGUAUUCCGGGAGUUCAUUUCACAAAAGUUAGAAGAAGCCAACUCUGAUCCUGACGUUCCCCCUUAUGAUUCCCUUCAGAUGUAUGCUUGUGAAGGAACUGGGUCAACAGCUGGAUCACUUAGCUCCCUGGAAUCAAGUUCCUCAGAUUUGGAUGAAAGUUAUGACUACCUUCCUGAACUGGAGUCCCAUUUCAAGCAUGCAAAAAGAAUUGGUGGCUCUGCAAAGAGGGAGGUGACAAAGGAGGAGGUGAGGAGGAAGAUGGGGAUGGAGUGGAGAAAACAAUGGUUAACAAAAUGGAGGGUGGUGGAGAAGAAUGGAGUGGAGCAAGAAAGGAACCAGAGGGAUGAUGAGGAUCAUUCCCAGGAAGAGGGAAGGUACGUAAUGCCCUAG